GAGAAUGACGCGACUAUUCAUUCAACGAGCCCUGGUUUGGCUUUAGGUGUACACGUUGCUAGGCAACACUGCGACCGACUCCAACAGAAACAAAGGCUUCGUUUUCCGCCACUGACUGAAUGAAACAGCCAAAAGUCACAGCGAUGGCAGCUGAACACAUCACGGGGCUGAAGCGGAAAAUCAGACUGCUCGAGGUGGAGAGAAAAGCGUGCUAUGACAGACAUGAAGCUGCCAUCAUGAAGAACCAGGAGCUGAUCCAUCAGCUGAGGGAGGACAACAGGAGGCUGCACAGGAAGCUGGCAGGAGCUCAUGCUCGUGAUGAGCAUGUGAUCAGAGCGGCCUUUCAAAACAGAGCAAGGGAGAGGGAAUCCUACCGCAACAAGUCUGUGAAGGAGAUCAUUGGAACACUAGACGAAUGCGUGCUAUCCAACAGGAAGCGUCUCAAUGCCCUAAAACAUGGCACUGAGAUCUAUGAGAGGCGCCGUGAAGAGCUGAAGAUGGAGUACCGGAGAAUGAAACCAGAGCACAGUGCAGCGCCCCCUGGUGUUUGCACUUUGAAAAAAGAGGAGAAUGCCAUGAACUUGCGGGUCCUGGAGAACAGUCUGGAGAAAAGCCAGUUUAAGUGCAAGGAGGCCGAGAACAUCAUGAUUGACUACUUGAAGUUAAAGAGUCACUUACAGGAUGAGAGUCUGGCGUAUCAGAGCCAGCUCGACAGUCUGCAAGCAGAAAUCCUGAAGCACAGAGAGGAGCUUCGCAGUCUGCAGGUCGUGAAUACUGACAGCCAGCUCUCCAAAGAAGCUGCUAAGGCUGAGCUGCAGCAGCAGGAGGAGCUGCUUCACAAGGAGUGUAAGGAGAGGGAGCAAGUGAUAGCAAGCUACAGGAAAAAGGUUGAUGAGCGCAAGGACCAGGCUGCAAAAAUUGAGAGAAGGGUCCAGCGAGCAGCUGUGCAGCUGGAUGAACUAAGCAGUGAGGUCCAGCACAGCACCACCAGGACGCUGGCUGAAGAGGAGAAAGACAUUUCAACUGCUGAGGAGGCCUUCAGACGCAUCAAAGAGGCCACAGGGAUCACCGAUAUAGAGGAGUUAGAGGAGCACUUUACUUCUCAGAAGGAGACACGUCGACAUCUGGAGAGGCAGCGGGAGGAGAACGAGGAGGUCCUGCUGCAGCUGAAGGAGCAGAAGGAGCUUCUGGAGCAACAGUUUGAAGAGAUGAAAUAUUCUGGGGAGGCUAAACUCUCCAGCCACCAGCAGACGCUGCAGGAGCGUGAGCAGCAGCUGCAGGCUGAGCAGCAGAGGUGCGAUGAAGCCGAAGAGCGACUGGAUUGGCUUGUGAAAACCCUCGGUGCCGUCCGGCACGGAGUUGAGCACCUGGCAGACAAUCUUCAGCACAUCUCACUGGAUGAGCACACAGUUCCCAACAUGCAUCCAGACUCAGAGGACUUUGUGGUGCUGGAGCUGGUGGCCCAGUGUGAGCAGAAAUUGGAGUCCCUGCAGAAAGAGCUUGAGGGGAAGGAUGUGGCUGCUAUAAUGAAGGAGAUGGAAGAAAAGGAGUUCUACGUCAGGAUUGAGGGGAAACUGCCCGAACACAGCACCCAAGUCAAACCACCUGAGGAUCAAGCACAAGAUCCCUACAGUGAUGAGGACAAGAGUGACAAGGACGGGGCUCACAUCAUCUCUCGUGAGGCACUGAAGCGUCAAUCUCAGCUAAUCGUCGACUCCAACUCAAAAAGAAAGGCCCAGAAGAAGAGGAAGGGCAAGUUUUAAUCCGACCGCAUCUCCAAACUCUCCCAAAAUAAAGCAGUGACGUGUAAAACGGGAUGAUUUUGAGCCGAGUGAACAGACUGUGAUUUGCCAUUGCUAUCAAGUUUCUCCUCUUAGCUGCUGCUACAAGGAUAUGUAGUAAACAACAAAUGAAGAGUUAAGUUUGAACAGUCUUACAUGACUGUCAUGAAUUGAUACCUUAUGUCUGUACUUGUUGUGUAAGUAGGUUUCAUUUGGCGACAGUCAGCUGUCGACACUUUACUCCACAUCAUUUUUGGUUGUUUUACUCCUAUUUCACUCUCUGCCUGUCUCCACAGAAUAUACACUAUACAGGAAAGAGGAGGCUCUAAAUGGGUCUUGCAGACUCAAAUGUAUGCAUCCACUAUACAGGCAAUUUUGUUGAGCACUACAUGCAUGCUAUGUGGUCUUGUGUGCCUGUCCAGAGGUUUUGGCAGAGGAUUUUUUUUUUUUUUUUUUUUUUGCCUGUCCCGUUCGGAUCUUUAGCCAUCAGAAUUGUUGUCUGAAGGCCAAGAAAGAUGCCAAGCGGAUUAACUUUACCAAGUGGAUCAUCAUGGCCUUGCCAUAUUGGUCCAUUUGAUUGACCUUUAUUAUAAUUAUGUAUUUAUUUUAUUUUAUUUUUGGUUGUUACAGACGGGAUAGACUGGCGGGUAGGACAGGAAGAAAGAAAGAAUGAAAGAAAGAGGGAGAGAAGGAAAAACAGAGGGGAGAAGAGAUAGUGAGAAAGGGGGGAAGAACAAAAAAAUUCCCCCUUCCAGGGGGCGCCCUUCCGCCAGUAGGGGCCCAGCUGGGUCACAGGCGCCAGGCUCCGCCAAGCAGCCACCAGGAGUGAGCCGGUACAUACAUGAGUGCCCAGCCCCAGACACCAAGAACCACCAGCGUCUGAGGGCAUCAGCCACCAGCAUGGAGAGUGGUGAGGGGAGAUAGGCCUCCAUACCUCGGAGAGCCUGAGAUGUUCCCAGAGAGGUGGAGUCUAAGACCCAACCUGACAUAUAGACACAGAUGAACAGGCACACACAGACACAAACGUGCAUUCCCACCCCCAUAUGCAGAUAAACAAAUACUCAGCACUCACCCAAGGUAAAGACAGACACAAAUAGACACUGUACACACAAUCACACACCCCAAACAUACUCUAUACCCCAAGUCCAGGUACCGUCACCCCUAACGGGGCAAACCCCAGGUCCAGGUACCGUCGCCCCUGCGGUUUGCACAGGAGAUGUAACCCUUUUCCAUGGGGUGGAGGCAAGCAGACCGCCCCCGUAUCUGCAGUAGCAGGGAGGCCCCGCAUCCCAGACUCCAAUCGGACAGCCAACACCUCCUCCCAGCCCCGACGGUUAACAGAGAACAGGGGUGAGUGAAGACCCCAAACCUCCCUCCGCCCGCUCAUAUGUAGUGUUGCUGCGUGCUGUUCUAAAGUGCGUUUAAAAAACAGGAGGGCAUGGUGCUUCCUGCCAGAGAGCAGCACGGCUCCUCCCAAAAACCCUCAGUAUGCCUCAGUAUGCCUUUAAAAUUGAGGGUUGGCACUGGCGCCGGGAGGUGGGUUUGAAUACACAGACCAUCCUCUGGACGCUGUAUAACGUGCCCACCCCCAAGGCCCUAUAUGUAUGUGUUAUGAGAGUGUGAGUAAUGUCUAGGUUGUGGAAUAAAAUUGAGGCACAGGUGGCCAGAAGGGGACAGAGGGGGAGUGCCUCCCAGCCCCUCACAACCCUGGGCAGCCCCACCCGACCCCACCACAGAGAAAACUGCACCCACCCCAUCAUCAAAUCAUCUCCCAGACUACACAAGACAAUAGACACCCAGGUUGAGUUCAUUCUCCACCUCUCCUAUAUCUCUCCCCCACCUGCAGAGUGAACUCCUGGAGAGAGGAGACCUCCUGCAAAGAUGUAACAGCCUAAGCUGUAGCUGAUGAAGCCGAUCAAAGGAGCCCAGAGGGAUUGAUCAAAUGUGAUGGCAGAGGCUGUAUCAAGACUAAUGUGAUCUAUUAGGUGGUUUUUAUAUUGGUUAGAAUUAAGAUUAUUUUUAUUUUUCCAGUUAAUGAGGACCAUUUUCUUGGCAAUGCAUAGGGCCGUAAAAACAAUGUGGGCUGUGUUUAUUUCUGUAGUGACCUCAUCCAAGUUGCCCAGCAAACACACUAAAGGGGAGGCUGGAAUGUUACAUUUCAGACACUUUGAUAAGUCUUCUCAUAUCUCGCCCCAAAACUUCUGAACUGGUGGACAGAACCAAAGAGUGUGAAUGUAACUGUCCGAUGUAUUUGCUUGACAGUGUGAGCAGUUGUUAGAAAACAGCCCAUAUGGAACAUCCUAUUACCUGUAUAGUGCACUCUAUGUAAUAGUUUGUAUUAAUCGCAAACUGGGAUUUCUGAUCCAUUGAAAGGUUUGUAAGCAUAUCUGAGACCAAAAGUUUUGGUCUAAGCUGAUCCAUAAAUCCACUUCCCAUUUUGCAAUAGGAAGGGAUAUUGAUUCAUCUGUUUUAGAAAGUGUUCUGUAUAUUUUAGACAAUAAUUUGGGGGGUUUUAGAGUAAAGAAUUGUACCACACUUGGUGGUGUUUGUAAUUCAACUUGACUGGGCUUAAAUUUCUCUUUUACUAUGGAUUUAAUUUUUUGUUAUUCUAAAAAUCUUUUCUUGUUGAUCCCAUAUUGUGUAACUAGUCUGUCAAAUGAAAUAAAGUCUG